CCCUUGGCCAUACUUGUUAUCAGUUGCGCGUAAACCACAAGUGUUUUAUUAUCGGUCACACACUCAGUUUUAUUGCCAAUGAUUAAAACACACAAACACCCCGCAACGCCCCGCCCACAACAGACACUGAUUGAGAAGUUGUUAAAUGGGCCUCUUGACCAGAUGCUAAUUGGCUGAUUGGCCUGUUAAUCAAAUUGUGGCACAAUAAGCAAAUCAAGAUCGUACAAUUAAAUUUGUUGGCGUUUAACAAAGACUCAAAAAAUGAACAACAAAAAUCAAUAGAAGCGAGCAAUGCAAUUUAAUUUGCUGCUGACCUUUGACAUUUUACAGCAAUGAACACAGCCCGCGACACUUUUAUCUAAGCGCCUGCUUGCGCCCCCCAAUUAGAAAAACCCAUACGAAAAAACGGACGACGCCGUGUCAAAAAUGAUACAGAAAAGUUGGCGGCACAAGCGUAAAUAAUAUUAAAACGCACCAGACUGAGAAAUAAAAGAGAAAGAUUAUAAAAAAGAUUUAAGCAAGUCGAGGAAAGAGUGUUUAUAAACAAUAGACCAUGCUUGGGCGCACACAGAAGCUGCUGCUGGGCCUGGCCAUAUUGUUGCUAGUCAACCUGCUCUGGGUCUCCUCCAGCGAACUGAUCAAGUUCAUCUAUGAGGAUGACCGAUAUGACAAGCCCUUCUUUUACACAUACUUCAAGACAUCCAUGUUUAGCAUCUAUUUGCUUAUUAUUGGCAUUAUAGCGCCGUGGAAAGAGUCCUGCGAUCGUCAAAAUGGCAACUAUGCGAUGAUGGAACAGCAUGCUGAUGAGGAGAACUAUUACACGAAUCAAGCUGCCCUGAGUGACUCCACCUUUGUGCCCAUACGCGUGGCCAAUCCGGGCAGCAUACCCGGCGUAUUAUCCGGCGCGGAAAGCGAUGAUUCGAGUGUGCGCAGCGUGCGCUUCUGCAAGAUGGCCGAGGUGCGCGAGAUGUCGGCACAUGAGGCGACAGAUGCGCUGAUGGCACGCCUCUCCUAUGCAGCCAGCAUGCGGAUUAGGCGCCAAAAGACGCAUCACAAGACGGCCAAAACGGCGCUGCUCUUUUGUUUGCUUUGGCUAGCGGCCAAUUACUUUUCGCACUUGGCGCUGGACAUGGACGAGGAGCCGAUGAUAACGCUCAUCAGAUCAACUGCAGGCACAGUAUUUACGCUUUUGUUGGCUGCCAUGUUUCCAUCUGCCAUGGGCGACAAGUUCACCAUAACGAAAGUUAUCGCUGUCACCAUGAGCAUUGGCGGCGUUGUGGUAAUGUCUAUAAGUGAUUUGCAUGAUUCCAAGAUGACGCGUGGCGUGCUUUUGGCCUUAUUCAGCGCCUUCUUCUAUGCCUCGUAUUUGGUGUUUGUUAAGCGAAAAAGCGACACCGAGGAGAAAGUCGACAUUCCACUCUUCUUAGGCUUUGUUGGUCUCUGGAAUCUGUUGCUGUUGUGGCCCAUAUUCUUUAUACUACAUUUCACUAGGAUCGAAACGUUUGAGUUGCCCAGCCAGGGUCAGUUUGGGCUGCUCUUUUUGAAUGGCUUCAUUUGUACCGUGCUGGCCGUGGCUCUGUGGCUGUGGGGCUGUUUCCUCACCUCCUCGAUGAUUGGCACGCUGAGUCUGUCGCUGCAGAUACCGCUGACGAUUGCCUUCGAUGUGCUGCUCAAGCACAAGCCGUAUACACCCAUGUAUGGAAUGGGUUCCAUGGCAUUAAUCGUGUCAUUGUUGCUGGUUGUGCUGCUUUUGCGCAAUGAUGAUUCAGAUCCGCUUAUGAAGCUCUUCAAAGUGGUUUACAGAAAAGUCUGUGGCUGCCAUAAGCCAAGCAUUGUGAGAGUCACCGAUGAUGAGCAGCAGGAAUCUCUGAUCAACAGCAGUGAUUGAAGUCGCACAUCUGAUAGGAGAACGCUUUUUAAAAACGCGCUUCCGCAAAUUGAAUUAUUGCUCACUGCAAUGCAAAUCCAAAUUUGGCUGUUCACGAGUUCGUUUCGAAUCGUUCUUUAAUCUAUAGUGACAUAUAAUACAUAUAUAGAUAUAUAUAUAUAUACACAAAUAUAUAUAUUUAUAUAUUGAUUGUAUGUAGUUGUAGCAGAUACAAUUAUUUCGCACAACAAAUAAAUAAAUAUAUACAUAUAUAUAUUUAUAUUUAUAUACAUAUGCAUAUAUAUAUUUUUCCUAAUUUUUUUUAUGUUAAGAGCUGAUCCUGAUUUGCAAUUUUACGUACAAUUAAGCUGAUAUUAAAUAUAUAUUUGUGUAGCUUACAUUUACUACAAUAGGAUUGUACUUUUUGUAAAUAGCUUUAGUCGUAGUGUUUAUCUCUAUGUGAUAGGUCUUACAAUUUGCUGAAGCUCAUUUCUAAUUUAUUGUGCUAGUUAUGUAUUACCAGCUAUAUAGUGCUCGACUUUAAAAUUCAUACCUAUAGAUAUACCACCUGCAUACUCAACAAUUCAUACUCAAUUCCAGCAUUUUGAAGAUUAUAGAUCGGAUAUGUAUUUCUCUAUACGUUAACCUCUAUUAAUUAAAUAAACUGCAGAAUCUGUUUACAAAUAAUCGUAUAGAAAUACUCAUGCAUAUAUAUUAAAAAGUUAAUGUACAACUGUAUACAAAAAUAUAUUAAUACUCAGUGCCAGGGGUUUUCAUUUAAGAGUCCUGCAUAAAAACACACAAUUUCGGUGUGCUUUUGAGGUACUUGUUCGAAUAUAAAUAUGAAUUUCUAAUCAAAAUCUCAAAUUUAGAAUUGAUUAUUGUUUACAAUAAGCAAAAUACAAAUUCAAAAUAAUUGUUAUCUCACGAUAAGAUUAUUUCGUGCGUAUUAAAUAAAAUAUUUUGUUUACGA